UGCAUCUGAAAUGUGGCGCUGGUGUAGCCGCGUGAGAAAAACAUGCUAAUAGGUUAUGGGAAUACAUAAAAUUACUAAGGUUUAGCAAAAUUAUAUAGUUUUGUUUAGAUUUCAAUCUAUUCAGCAAAACAACAUGGAUAAAAAAACUACGCGGAAAAAAGAUUUUACUCGUAAGACGAGUAGUGAUAAGAAAAGAAUCAAGAAACAUUCGCGUCCGAAGGUGUUGUACAAUCAGAAAUUCUUAGUUCCGCUGAGGAAAAAACGAAAGAAUGAAUACGAUCCUGACGAGGAAGCUAGACUGGAGAAAAUUAUUUUCGGCGAUCCCAGCGAUAUCAUCAACAAUUUACAAGAUGAACCUACGACGAGAGCAGCAGAUAAAUCUGUUGAUAUUGACAAUGAAGAGAUAGUAGGUGAUGACUCAAAUCGAGAUUCGAGUCAGGAUAAAUCAGAUUGUGAUGCUGCAAGUGGAAGCGAGGACGAAAGUGUCAAAUCUGAGAAAAAGAAAGCAGCGUGGAAAGACGAUGAUGAUUACAAUUAUACGGUGAAUACAGCUCUGAGAGCACAAAAUCGUAGACUGCCAUGUAAGAGACCAGAAAAAUAUUAUAAGACGUAUCUGGAGAACAGACAUAAAUUGUUAUCGGGUGCACCAAAGUGGGCUGAACUUGAAACAAAGGAUGAAGCUGACGCUGACUUAGAUAAUGAUAUUUUGAAGCAUAGUUGUCACUUAGAAACAUCGAAAGUCAAAAAUUUGCCGAAAAAUCUUAUUGAUAUUAAAGCACUCAAGGCUUUGAACAAAAGCACUCACACAGAAGGACCGAUUAUUACAAGUGUGGAAUUCCAUCCAACAUCUACAGUGGCUCUGGUUGCUGGUACAGCAGGCAUUCUAUCAUUAUUUCAGGUCAAUGGUCACACUAAUGAGAAAUUACACAGUAUGCUGUUUAAAAAGUUUCCAAUUAGCAACGCAACGUUUAUGAAGGAGGGAACAGAGGUCUUGCUCGGUUCCGAAUAUUAUCCAUAUUGUCACACUUAUGACUUGAUGAACGACAAGACGUACAAAUUACCUCUGCCGCGUGGGAUUACAAAUAUGAAGCGUUACGAAGUGUCUCCUGAUGGCAAAUUUAUAGCGUUAUGUGGAAGAAUGGGACAGAUACAUCUGUUGCACAGUUGUACAAAAGAACUGAUUCAUACGUUCAAGAUGAACUCGAAAUGUAGAGCACUAGCAUUCACGCCGGAUAGUAGAACACUUGUCACGCACGGCGACGGCAGCGAAAUGUACGUGUGGGACGUAAAUACUCGCACGUGUAUCAAUCGUGCGAUAGACGACGGUUGCCUGUCUUGCGCAUCACUUGCCGUAUCACCGAGCGGUCAGUUCGUGGCUACGGGUAGCGCGCAAGGUGUGGUUAAUAUCUACGAUACGAAGAAGGUGUGGGAGGAGCGCAGUCCCACACCUGUCAAGAUAGUAAUGAAUCUCGUGACCAGCGUUACGAGCCUGAAGUUCAAUCCGACUUCAGAAAUAUUAAGCGCGGCAUCGGUCGAGAAGCACAACGCGUUCAAGAUGCUGCACAUACCCUCGUUCACCGUCUUCUCGAACUUUCCAGCGUUUCAAACCAACAUAGGUAUGCCGCAAAUGAUCAGUUAUUCUCCGGCCAGCGGUUAUCUCAGCAUAGCGAACAGAACGGGCACCGCUUUGCUAUACAGAUUGAAACAUUAUGGGAAUUAUUGAUUGUAUUUUAACAGUUUUUAACGCUUUGUAAAAUAUAAUUUUUCUCUAUAAAUCUACAUCAAUAUAUAAUUAA